ACGCACACACGUCCGCCUCCACGUUCCCAUCAUUCUGCGCGGUGGGUGGGCUCGCUUCUCGCGUCAUUUCCGGCUUAUUCCGGUUUCGCCGAGAUGGUUCCCCCGGUGCAGGUGUCGCCGCUCAUCAAGCUCACCCGGUACUCAGCGCUGCUGCUGGGGAUGCUCUACGGGAAGAAGCGGUAUGACUACUUAAAGCCUGUUGCUGAAGAGGAAAGAAGAAUAGAAAGUGAAGAGAAAAAGAAGCGUGAAGAAUUGGAACGAAUUGCGAAAGAACUGGCAGAAGCCAGUGAAGAGUCUAUACUGAAAUGAACAAAUUGCAUUGGACGUCAUUUUCAUCUUCAGCAAAAUCUGAAUCCUUGAAUUAGCUAUGUUAAGUUCAUUUAAGCACUAUAUUUACUGUUUCCAUCAAUAAAUACUUGUGAACAGUA